GUUCACACUUCACAGAAAUGGCAUCUUAUAGCAACGAGGACUUAACUGAACGAUUCCGUUCUUCAGUUAUCUUCGCUCUCUCUCUAACUUGACCGCGCUACGAAAUUUCUCCUUCCAGUCUACAGUUCUCUCCGUUCUUGUGUUCAUCGACGAUGGCGCUGAAGAAAGGAUCGGUGUCUGGUUUUGCUAAGCACGAGGAUGAAGGAGGUAAUGGUGGUAUCGGAGGAUAUAGGUUAGUUUUGGCUGUUCUCGUCGCUCUUUCUGUUCUUGCGUCCAUGCCUUUUGUCGUCGUCAGCGGCUUCCACAGUAUUGGUGAAGGGGUUAUUUCAAGUAGUCCAAGCAAAGGGGUAAUUGAUGAUAUUCCAGUCAGCACAAACAAUACGGCAACUAUUGGUGUUAAUUCUUCGGUGAACAAUAAUUUUACCUUAUCUUUGAGUUUGGUUGGGAACUCCUCAGUUGAUGCGAUUUCCAUGCUAAGCCAAACGACUGUAGUUUCGAGAGGAACCCUCCAGGUCGAAGAGGACACUUCUUUGGGUGGUUAUACUAGGACAUCUUAUUUUUAUGAUAAACUGCUAGCUCUUGUUUUUCGCGCUCUUUUAUUGACGCUGAUGUCUUUUACAUGUUAUCGUACGGAAUUCAUCUAUUUGCCCGUGUUCCCUAAAGCAGCCAGAAGGAUAGCAAGAGAAGAACGAAACGAAAAUCAAUUGCUGGAGUUGGACUUGGAUCCGCCGAAUGAAGAUACCAUUGUAAAACUUGAGAAUGCAAAUAUGCAGGCCUCUGAACUAGUUGACUCCUCAAUCACUGGAAAAUACAGUAAAUGGAAGAAAGAAAACAAGAACAAGAAUCAAGAUUCUACUAUACGUCUAAUGCGAGACCAGAUUAUUAUGGCAAGAAUAUAUUUGAGCAUUUCGGAAAAGAAAAGGAAACUUGAUUUGGUUCAAGAGCUCCAAAUUUGUCUUAAAAGGAGUCGUGGUGUACUAGGAGAGGCAAAUAUUGAUGCUGAGUUGCAUUACAGUGCGCCCAAGAAAAUAAAAGCUAUGGCUGAUGUUCUUUCAAAGGCGAGAGAUCAACUGUUUGAUUGCAAGUUGGUGACCAGGAAGCUGAGAGCAAUGCUUCUAACUGAAGAAGAAAAGGUUAGAAGGUUGAAAAGGCAAAAUACAUUUCUCAUUCAAUUGGGAGUUAAGGGUAUUCCAGGUGGUAUUCGCUGCCUGUCCUUGCGCCUCACCAUCGAUUACUACCUUCUUCCUCCGGAGAGGAGAAAUUUCCCUAGAAGUGAAAAUUUGGAAGAUCCAAGAUUCCACCAUUAUGCUCUCUCCACUGACAACGUCUUGGCUGCCGCAGUAGUUGUGAACUCAACCGUAAUGAAUGCUAAGGAUUCUUCAAAACAUGUAUUCCACCUGGUAACUGAUAGUCUCAAUUUUGGAGCAUUGAAAAUGUGGUUUCUCUUAAAUCCUCCUGAAGAGGCUACGAUCCACGUUGAAAAUUUAGAUGAACUUAAGUGGCUGAACUCAUCCUAUUGUCCAGUACUCCGCCAGCUUAAUUCUGCAGCAAUGAGAGAGUAUUAUUUCAAGGCAGGACAUUCUACCACUCGUUCAUCUAGUGCUUCUAAUUUGAAGUACAGGAACCCAAAAUAUCUCUCAAUGCUAAAUCAUCUGAGGUUCUAUCUACCUCAAAUUUUUCCCGAGUUAGAUAAAAUUCUAUUUCUGGACGAUGACAUUGUUGUCCAGAAAGAUUUGACUGGAUUGUGGCUUGUAGAUCUUGAGGGAAAAGUCAAUGGUGCCGUGGAAACCUGUGUUGAGAAUUUUCAUCGUUUUGACAAGUACCUUAACUUCUCAAACUCUUUUAUCGCUAGAGAAUUCGACCCAAAUGCAUGCGGUUGGGCAUAUGGAAUGAAUAUAUUUGAUCUCAAGGAGUGGAAAAAGAGAAAUCUCACUGGCGUAUAUCAUACAUGGCAGAACUUGAAUGAAGAUAGGCUGCUUUGGAAGCUGGGUACCUUGCCUCCAGGUUUGAUGACAUUUUAUGGGCUGACAUAUUCCCUCAAUAAGUCUUGGCAUGUGCUUGGAUUGGGUUACAAUCCAAGUAUCAACCCAUCAGAGAUAGAAAAUGCAGCUGUUAUUCACUAUAAUGGCAACAUGAAACCUUGGAUGGAGAUGGCAAUGACGAAGUAUCGCCCCUACUGGACAAAAUAUAUUGACUACGACCAUCCUUAUCUUCGCCAGUGCAACUUCGUUAAAUGAAACUUACUGUGGAUAACUGCAGCUACAGGUUUCUCUAACUCUCACUCUCUCUCUCUCUCUCUCUCUCCCUCCCCACGUUGAAUUUGCUUUACUUGGUUUGCUGCAUGACAUGGGGUUGGGGAUAUCUCACAUCACAGUUAAGUACCUUUGUAAUUCAUUCAAUUGGUUCUCACUGGCCUUCAUGCAUUAUACUUGAGGUGAAACAAGUCACGUUAGCAUGUGAGAAAUUCUUAUCCCAACUUAGUGUAGAGUAAAAGAUUUGUUUCUUUUUGUCCAUGGCUCUCUGCCUUCAAGCACUCUUUAUUUUAGGUUGAACUCUUCUAAUUUUGGAUUGCUUCAUUCUUAAUAAGUUGAUGCUUUAAUAUUAUAUUAAAACUUUGUGUGUCCUUGGAAAGGUUGGGAUUUGGGAAUCCUAUGGCUAAUAGUAAGAAGUCAAAAUUGAAGGCGAAAAGAGAAAUGGUAACAUAUCAAUCUUUCUACUUUUUCUUUUCUUCCCCUCAAAAGUUUUAGAACGCAUCUAUUAGGAGUGGGUUCCACACCCUUACAAGGAAUGUCUCGUUUCUUUCUUCCACCGAUGUGGGAUCUCACAAUCCACUCCCUUGGGGUCCCAGCAUCCCCGCUGAAACACCGCCCGAUAUCUAGCUUUGAUACCAUUUGUAACAACCCAAGUCCACUACUACCAAGUAUUGUAUUGUCUUUUUUGGGCUUUUCGUUCUCGGCUUUCCCUCAAGGUCUUAACACGCAUAUCUUGGGGUGGUUUCCACACUUUUAUAAAGAAUGUUUCGUUCUCUUCUUCAACCGCUCUUGGUUAUUUCCAUUAAAUCUAGUGUACCCACACCUUCUCCCGCGCUCUGCAUCGACCAUCUCUCGCAAAGAGCUGUAGAACAAAAGA